AAAACAUCGCUCGGGUGGGUGGUGUUAUUAUUAAAAAUAAAUCAUGGAAAAUUAUGGGAAAUACGGACGACCGAUGGAGAAUCAUGAUAAUGGUCGCAGUACACGUUUCAUAGAGCCAUACCAUAAAACAUUCAAAUUGAUUUCCUUAACAUUGGUACUGAGUGUCAUGUACCCCAACACAGCUACUGAGAAGUGGCGACUUUUGGCUAUACCUAUCGUUCUCACAUCAGCCGCUCCUCUGUUACUGAUGAGCGCUAACGACAUAUACCAUUUCUGGAUGGAAGGUGACAUUUCCAACAUUAUCCGAAUCAGCACAAUUGCUGGACCGUUCACCGGCUGUUUUCUUAAGAUGAUACUCUUAUAUGUAAAAAAAGACAAUGCCACUCAACUAAUGGACGAGAUGAAUCGAGACUAUAACCUGAUCAACAAACUCCCUCCCCGGUACAAAGCUCUCGCCCACGCCGAGAUAACGAACAGCAAGGCCUACGAAUAUGGCUGGGGUACAUGCUGUGCUGUUGCAGUUUUUAUAUUUCCAUUAAGAGCUGGCUGUAUGAACAUUUAUAGCUAUUUGUUUGACGAGGUCCCGAAAAGGUAUAUGAUCAAUGAAUUGACGAACCCAUUCCGUCCGCCCGAAGAAAAAUUCAACUCGCCAUACUUCGAGAUAAUGACUGCCUACACAAUAUAUUGCGGAGUGUUGUAUUUUGUACAAUUUGUUGGUUACGAAGGCCUGAUGGUGUCCACUAUGAACCAUGCUUGCCUGAAGAUGCACAUGUUCUGCGCCGCGUUGGAGGAUGCGUUUAACGCUGAGGAUAGAGAAGAGAGACAUAAACUUGUCAUUGAUGUCAUUAGGGAGCAAGUCAGAACUUUCUGGUAAGGUUAAUUUUUUGUUGAAACAUUAAUAGAGACGUUUCAAGUGUGGCUUAUUGUAAUUAGCGGAUCUCUAAUAGCUCAAAUAUGUACCUGCAUGUAUUACGUUCUAGAGGGAUUCGGCUUUGAUCUUCGAUAUUUGGUCUUUAUGAGUAGUACGAUACUAUACAUGUACCUGCUAUGUCACCACGCUGGCAAGAUAAAGCAUGUGGCAGCAAAUGUCCCUUCGUUAAUCUACUCUAGCGGAUGGGAAGACAUAUAUGAUCAACCAAUUAGAAAGAUGGUGCUCUUCAUGAUAGCGAGAUGGCAGGUCACCAUGGAGAUAAAAGCACUCGAUAUGUUUGUCUUUGACACUGAAUUUUUUGUUUUCAUUAUAAAGACGGCUUACUCCAUGUUUACGCUUUUGAAAUCAAAUUAAAAACACAGCUGACAUUAAAAUAUAAUUAGAUCACUGUCAAAAAUGGAGGGAUUUUAUUGGGUAAUAUACCUAUUAGUUCGUGCAGUCAACUAAAUAAAAAAA